GAAACUCUCUAGUUUUACUUAUGAAUAAAUAAUUUACCGGGGCCGGUCGUAAAUAGUGUCUGUUACCUAUCAAUGAAACGCCUGCAACAUGCGCACUAUAUAAUGCUGUGUAUUUCAUUGCAGGCGAACAGUUUAAGCGCGCAUUCUCUUUUGAUCAUAAGAUUGUUCCUAAGGAAAUGGAGAAAAAAACACAUUUAUUGGAUAUACUGGACGCUAAUGCUCCGCAACAAACAAUUGAAGAUAUCAUGCGUGAAAAUGAAGAAAUGAAGCAAAGGCUGAUGUGUACAGUGUGCCUUGACAAGUUCAGAUGCAUCGUGUUCCUACCAUGCAGACAUCUAUUGGCCUGUGAACAGUGUGGUCUUCCAGUAAAUACUUGCAUGAGAUGCAACACAAUGGUGAAGGAACACAUGAAAGUCAUACGAGCAGUUUCAAACUGAAUGGACAAAGAAAAUGUCUACACUUAUUAACUAUGUGUGUAUUAUCAAUCACUUCUCCUUGUCUUUUCUAUCAAUACAUUUAUAUUACGUUUUUUGUAAGAAGUACACUGUUCGAUAUAUUCCUAUGAAUCAGUUGUAGUACAUACUCCUUCGUUAUUGUUAACAAACUGUUACAUACAUUGAGUCCCAUUAUAAUCGACGUGUAAUGCAUAAGGCGGUUUAUUUAGCAUCACCUGUUUGCAAUGGUUUCAGGUUGUUGUUAUAUUUUAACAUAUACGUUGUAAUAAAUUAAAAUUAAGUUAUACAAGUUAUUCACCCAUCCUGUAACUUAUGUAACGAUUAUAGCCACGCUAUAUGUAUUAGUUCAUGUUUGAAAUGUUAUUAUAUACCUUUUCUAUGUGUUCAACACAAUAACUUAUUUUCCAGUAUAUCUCAGUUGACUAAAAUAUGUUCAUGUGUUUAAAACAUUAAGUAUGUAUGAA